AUGUCAUUCAAAACAAAACCAACUAAGCAGUCUCAAGCUUCUUUUCGAUCUUCUGCAAAUCUUCAACCAAAAAAAAUUAAAUUAUCAAAUACAAGUGGAUUACAAGUUCAAAAAAAUAAUAAAGUUGUUGAUGAACAAACUAAAACUCAAUAUAUUAAUGAAGAAUCUAAUGUUCAAUAUAUUAGUGAAGAACCUGUUUCUCAAACUCAAUAUAUUAGUGAAGAAUCUGAACUUGAAUUUCAAUAUGGCAAAGAUCCUAAACUUGAAGUAUCUUAUAAUAAAUAUUUAUUUAAUUCAAAUAAUAACGAUAAUCUUGAAAGUACUUCAACUAUAAAUAACUUUAAUAAAAGAAAUAUUGGAUUGGAGGCAAAAAGAGUUCAAUUAGAUAAAUAA